CUCCACCCCUUUGAAGCUCAGAUUGCACAUUGGGGACAUGAAGGCUGUGCUCAUUUAAGCCCCACCUUCUGAUUUGGAGGGAAUCUCCCUCACGCGUUUGGGCAGGCCGGUAGAGGGGAAGGGGUCUUGACCCCUAAAGAGUAGGGGGUGGGGGAGAACCUUUCUUCUUUCAGUCCCUCCUAAGGGGGUAAGGAAGGUUGUGCUCACCGAGAAGGGAAAGCGCUGGCCUCUCUUAGAGGGAGCGGGGAAGAAGACAGGAGUCAACCCUCCCAAAUGAAAAGAUGGAUAGCUGUGACAGGAUUUGCCCGAUCAAGCAAAGAUAUUAGCCAACAACUGACUUUUGAAGGUCUGAGACAGACUCUGCUCUGGGCUUUUAUACUACAUUACUUUUUCUGAUGAAUAUCCAAAGCUGCUGAAAGGAAAAUUGACCUCCUGUUGACUGAAAUGGGGAUGUUCUGGCCUCUGGUUAUUGAAUUACGAGAAUAUUUAAAUAUGAAUCGGUUAAAGCAGCGGAGUUUUAUGUAAGACAUGGAUAGAUGCAAACAUGUUGGGCGGCUAAGACUUGCCCAGGAUCAUUCCAUUCUGAACCCCCAGAAGUGGCACUGCAUGGACUGUAACACCACGGAAUCCAUUUGGGCUUGCCUAAAAUGUUCCCAUGUGGCAUGUGGAAGAUACAUUGAGGACCAUGCACUUAAACACUUUGAAGAGACCAGACAUCCUUUGGCUAUGGAAGUAAACGAUCUGUAUGUAUUUUGUUAUCUUUGUGAAGACUAUGUAUUGAAUGAUAAUCCUGAAGGUGACCUGAAAUUAUUGAGGAGUUCUUUGUCUGCAGUUAAAAGUCAGAAGCAUGAUCCUUCUGCUAGAAGUGGUAGGACAUUGCGGUCAAUGGCUUUGGGGGAGGAUGUUUGCAACCAUCAACGAGCCCCUCAAGGUCAACCUCAGAUGCUUACAGCUCUCUGGUAUAGACGGCAAUCGUUGCUUGCAAAAGCAUUGCGAACAUGGUUUGAUAAGAGUUCUAGAGGCCAACGAAAAUUAGAACAAAAAAAGCAAAUGGAAGAACUGGAGAGGAAAAAGGAAGUGGCCAGGCAGCGACGUCAAGAGAUGAAACGGAGAUUGUUAGAGGAGCUGGCAAACACUCCUCCAAGAAAAAGUGCAAGGCUUUUAUCGCACAUUCACAGAGAGAAUCUGAUUCCUCGGAAGUUCAGAGAUAUGGAAGCAAAUUCCCCUACCUCAAGACGAGUGCAGAGUAGCAAAUUCAAACAAUUCUAUUCCAUCCGGCGUAAACCUCUUAUGACUCCUGGUGUGACUGGACUAAAGAAUUUAGGAAAUACGUGCUACAUGAACUCUAUCCUUCAAGUAUUAAGUCACCUCCAGAAAUUUAGAGAAUGUUUCCUGACGCUGGAUCUUUGUGAAACUGAAGAACUCUUAGCUAAGACUGUAAUUGGAAAAUCUAGAAUAUCUGGAAAGCUAGUCACUGGAUCUACUCCAACUGAGUCAGGCAGAAAUGAUCAACUGGGUUCAUUUGGCAGGCAUAGCCUAUCUGUUGGUUUAAAUGGUGGGUCCUCAAUAAGCAAAAGUUUAGAACUAAUACAGCCCAAGGAAACAAGUUCAAAGCACAUCUCUCUUUGUCAUGAACUGCACACACUCUUCAGAGUUAUGUGGUCUGGAAAGUGGGCUUCAGUGUCUCCUUUUGCCAUGCUACACUCUGUAUGGAGUUUGAUUCCAGCAUUUCGAGGUUAUGAUCAGCAAGAUGCUCAGGAAUUUCUUUGUGAAUUGUUGGACAAAGUGCAGCAAGAGUUGGAAUCGGAAGGAACAAAACGCAGGAUCCUCAUCCCUUUUCCACAAAGGAAGCUCACCAAGCAGGUCCUGAAAGUGGUGAACACCAUUUUUCACGGGCAGCUACUCAGUCAGGUCACUUGUAUAACAUGUAAUUAUAAAUCCAAUACUGUGGAACCCUUCUGGGAUCUUUCCCUGGAAUUUCCAGAACGUUACCAUUCUAUCAAUAAAGGGAUUGUGCCUCUUAAUCAGACUGAGUGCAUGUUGACUGAAAUGUUGGCCAAAUUCACAGAAACAGAAGCUUUGGAAGGGAGAAUUUAUGCAUGUGACCAGUGUAACAGCAAACGACGGAAGUCUUCUCCCAAACCUCUUAUUCUAAGUGAAGCUAAAAAGCAGUUAAUGAUCUACAGACUACCUCAGGUCCUCCGGCUGCACCUUAAACGAUUCAGGUGGUCUGGACGUAAUCACCGUGAGAAGAUUGGGGUCCAUGUCCUCUUUGACCAGGUAUUAAACAUGGAACCUUACUGCUGCAGGGAUACUUUCUCCUCUCUUGACAAAGAGACCUUUGUCUAUGACCUCUCGGCUGUGGUGAUGCAUCACGGGAAAGGGUUUGGCUCAGGACAUUACACGGCAUAUUGCUACAACACAGAGGGAGGGUUUUGGGUCCACUGCAAUGACUCCAAACUGAAUGUAUGUAGCGUGGAGGAGGUAUGCAAAACCCAAGCGUACAUUCUUUUUUAUACACAAAGAACUAUACAGGGCAGAGCAAGUAUCUCAGAAACACAACUUCAAGCUCAGGUGCUGUCUAAACAUAAUGUUAGAAGACUGACACUCCCCUGAAAGGAGACAUUUUUCUCAAUCAACUGGUUCUUUUUCAAAAGCCUUUGGAAUUAAUUCAUCUAGGCAGGAACAAAUAUUGUUGCAAGAAUUUUGGAUCCACCGUCUGGAAAAUUGGUCCUCCUACUAUGUGCAUUGUGCAACUCUGUUCUAUAAGAUUGUAGCAGAACAUCUAUUUUUUUUUAAAAGGCAGGUGCAUUUGUAAACCCUUCCUCCUCCCCCAAAAAGAGUAACAGCCUCCAAUGUGUACGACCAUUUAUUUUCUUUCAAAGAGGAAUUGCUAUGUGGUAUAAAAAAGUAGGUACAUUCAAAACUUCUGUGUACAGCCAGGAUACAAAGCCAUUCAACUGAUCGUAAAUCUAUACAUUACUUAAGAAAACAAAUGAAUAGUAGAAUUCUAUCUCUAUUCUGUUGAUGUGGUGAACUGUUGUUGCACUUCUUGGUGUAAAUAAUUCGCCAAUUAUAAUAUAUUGUUCUUUCCGACCAACAUAAUUUAGGUAGAUAGAAUUGUACUAUACAAAAACUCUUUAACAAUGAUUUUUCUAAACUGGGAAAAUAUGAUCAUUGGUUCUUGUUUAUAUCUUUUGGGUAACAAAACAAAAUUUUGUAUCCUACAAUUACCCCAAUCUGUUGGAAUGAACAAAAGUAGAAAUUAUAUACACAUCUGAGUAAUUUAUUGCAUACUUCAAUUUGAAUCUGUGCUAAAAAUUACAAAUACUGUUUUUCUUUCCCACCUAAUCUUAUUAACUGCUAACAAGACAGCUACGUAAACUAAAUUUGCCAUCUAACUUUUCUUGUGUAAUUAUAACAGUUAAUAUGGGAUACAUUACUUUCAAGAUUUUCGUCAUCUACUGUUUAUCUUAUGAUCACUGCAUGAAUAGGUCUUCUGAAUCCAUUCAGGUUUACAGUGAAGCUUAGGUUUUCAGUAUUAAUGACACGUGGUUCAACAAAUGCAGAUUUUUAAAAUUGAACUCUUACCCUAAAUGCAUAAAGCUUUUGCAUAUAUAAAAAAAAUGGUCAGGAAUAUAGUAGCCAUUACAUAGAGUGACAAGAUCAUUUCACCUUAAUAAUAUCUCCUUUUCAUGACCAUUUUUCCAUUCAGUUUUCCCUUUGUUGUGUUUUUGGGAAGUCUUAAAGAGGUUUAUUUUGGAGUCUUAUAGUGAAAGAGAUUGCACCUAAACUGUGCACCUAUAUUCUCUUUUUCCCUUAUUUGCUGUUCUUGCUGUCUCAGAGACAUUAUACAUAUACAGCUCUGGAAAUCUAACAUUAAAAUUCUAGUAUACUGUAUCUCUUAAAGGAAGAGCUCCUGACCACUUCAUGUAAACUUUAAAUAUCACUAACAUCCAAUUUAUCAUGGUUACUUUUAACCUUUCAUGACUACCACUGUUUCAGUUCUUUGUGAGGGUCAUACUUAGAAAAAUACAGACCUCAUUGCAGCCAAACAACUUGCUACCUUUCAGCAAAGAAAUAUAGCAUACAAAUUCUGUAUUAUUCACUCAAGGUACAUGAAAUGGAUUCUUUUGCUGGUUUGUACAUAACCUUGAAAAAUUCACAGGGUCUUUAAUAGCUGUACUAGUCAACCAAGAAUAUAAAUUGCUGUGUCUUAAGAUUCAGCUUUCAGCAGAGUGGGAGAAAUCAAUGUCUAUGAAGAUCUGCGACAAACCCAACACAAAUGUGAUAGUGUCAAGCUGGGGGGUUUUUUAAACAAAAAUGGACAUGGUUCUAGCACAUGCAAUGUUUUCAUGUGCUCUCUUGUGGUAAUUCUGAAUUGGUGUUUUAAAUCCAUCAGCAAAUUCCUGAUGAAAUUGAAUCACAAAAUAAAGAAAAACCUACCAA